AAAUGUGACGGGCGGCAGACACGCGUGCAGGAACAAGACUUCUUCCGUCCGCCUCUCCUUCCUCCUCCUGCAGGCUCCGACGCAACGUUGCAGCCCACAGGACAUCCGCGCGCUGUCAUGGGACAUCUCAAUGCAUUGGCUCGGGAUUAAUAGAGACGUCGUGUUCUACUCCCGUCAUUUAGUAGUUGACGAUAUAAACUGCAAAACCUAAUCUUGGACUGUCUGCAUUUAUCUUGCAUCAACGAUGUGCUCCAGAACUGGACCAUCACGGUUCCCCUCCAUCCACAUCCUUCUCUUCCUCAUCACCCUUCCUGUGGUUUUCUCCUUCUCACGACCUCAGUGGAUUCUUCAGCGUGUCCCAGUGGUCCUCCCACAGCAAAGCGAGAGUCGCCCAGCCCCACGCUUCCUGUCUCAAGCCCGCCUUGAUGUCGCCUCUCCGUGUGACCCAGAAUGCCACAAAAAGGCACCUCUACCCAGCUACUGGGACUUGCGGCAAUUUCUGGCCUACGAGACGCUUCACUCAGACGGUCAACUCACUGAGACCUCCAUCGGGAUCUAUGGUUAUAACCUCGAGUCCAACAAAAGCCCUGCGUACUCCUUGGCGCCCGCUGAGAAAGGCCAACGGUCACAUACCAGACGCAAGCGUCAGAUCUUUGGUCAUGACGGGCGAUACAGCAUUGCGGGUCAGAACUUUGUGCUUAAAUAUCCUUUCUCAGCCGCUGUCAAACUGUCCACCGGCUGUUCUGGUACCCUGGUCGGAGACCGCCACGUUCUAACGGCUGCACAUUGUGUUCAUGAUGGUAAAAACUACGUGAAGGGUGCCCAGAGGCUCAGAGUGGGUUUUCUAAAACCCAGACAACGAGACCUAGCGUCUCCAAUUUCCAACUUGAGUAACCACGUUGAGAGGGAUCCAAAUGGCGCCCUAAUUGUGUCAGAGAAAAUGAAGUUCCAGUGGAUCAGAGCCAAGCGCACACAUGUGCCCAAAGGAUGGAUCAAAGGCAAUGCCAAUGACAUCGGGAUGGACUACGACUAUGCACUUUUAGAACUCAAGAAAGCCCACAAACGGCGUCAUAUGAAGUUGGGCGUGAGCCCUUCUUCUAAGAGGCUUCCUGGGCGACGGGUGCACUUCUCAGGUUUCGACAACGACCGCCCGGGACAGUUGGUGUAUCGUUUUUGUCAGGCCGGAGAGGAGACGCCGGACCUGCUCUACCAGCACUGCGACGCCCAACCCGGGGCCAGUGGGUCGGGGGUCUACGCCCGGAUGUGGGAGGGGCGGCGUCGGCGCUGGGAGAGGAAGGUGAUAGGCGUGUUUUCGGGACACCAGUGGGUGGAGCGUCAAGGGGCGUCUCAGGAAUUUAAUGUGGCCGUGAGAAUCACACCACUUAAAUAUGCUCAAAUCUGUUACUGGAUAAAAGGUAACUUUGUGGACUGUCGAGAAGGCUGAAUAUGGACAUUGAUGUGACAGCACCACUCACCGCGCUGAAGAAAAGCGAGCAUACAAAAUCACUGCAGCAACAAAAGACACAGAUGAAAAAUAAUUAGUUAUCCCCGUGAAUAGCAAACAAUUUUGAAUAAUUGAUGCCCAUCCAAAAUGUUUGUACUUUUCUAGAGAUACCACAAAAUGUUUUUUUUUUUUUUUUUUUUUUAAAUCUUAUCCAACAAGGCUAUUGCCCUGACGCGCUUUCCUAAAGUUCAACAUAUCAGCUGGUGAGUUUUUCAGUGAAUAACCGAGAAGUUAUCUUCCCUCCAAAAAAAUCCUCGAUAUGCAAAUGCCAAACAGCAAAUAUGUGGGGCUUCAAUAUAGUACCAUUACUAUAUCUCAAUACUACCUUAUACACACUCAAGGUAAAUAUACUAACAUUAAAAAGUCUCCGCCUAGUGCAGUCUUGUACUGCCACCAAGUGGAAUAGUGUGAAAUACACUUCAAUCAAGUACAACACAUUUGGAGAUUUUAUAUAUUAAAAAAAAUAAUCGGGCGCAAUUGACAUGGUUACCCAAACAAUCGCAUUUGCUUCCAGGGGAAUGAUCGGGUAAUUUGUGAUCUGGAGCAUUGAUCACAAUUAAGUAUUGAUAACAGAUGGAUGGAUGGAUAUCCGACCUGUCGGGCAGAAACAUGAUUAAGUUCAGAAAAAAACAAAUCAAUAUAGAGUUGAUCUUAAAUGCAUUUCUGACGCUGACUUUGGAAAUGUCUACUUUAUUCAAGCACAUCAGGUUUUAAUUAUUUUUUUUUUACUGUCAAGCUUGCGCAAUACAGAUAUUUACCAUGCGUUGUGCCAGAUGCUUCAGAAAAAAAAAAUCCACCCAUAUCUGAGCCCAACCCCUAAUUCAUAAAUAUUAGUGUUAUAUUCUAUAUGAUGAAAAAAGUCAUAUUCCGAGUCAACGAUUUUUUUUAUGUUCAAUUACUAUUUAAACAUAAUUUGGGAGGGUGUUGUUUCAUAGCAAUAUACUACUUUAACAAAACGGUGUUUGUUAACAUCCAAGACGCCCCUUUCUUUAAAAAAGUGAUUUCUUUUACUGCGACAAUAUAAAAAAGUGAAGAGCACGACAGGGACAACACCAAGUAUGAUUGCACUGUUUGAACUUUUUCUACUGAUUAUAUUUUACUCCUUAUAUUUUUAAUGAAUGUACAAGUGAGCGACCAAAGGUGCUGUUUCAUUGUGUCUUAUCAGCAAAUUGUAUUCUUGACAAGCAUGCGCUUUUAUUUCUUCUAAAUCAAAAGUUCUGGGUUGCAGAAUUGUCUUUCCAAAGCUCACCUUUAGGUGAAUAUUGUGACAUGCUAACCCCCCAAAAAUCAUCUCAAGCUUUGUGGGGGGACAUAUUGGGAACACAAUACAGUACUGUCCAUGCUUUUGUUGGACAACUUCAUGUUCAAUGUUUUGUUCUGCUCCCUCUUGGUUGAGUAGCAACGCAUUACUACAAGUAUUUGUUAGUACACUUUGCUUCAAUAGCCUUUGCUAAAUUGCAUUACUGCGUUCCAGAAAUGAAUAACGGGCAAAUAAAUGAAAUAAAUGCUUCAGAGACCUUA